GUCCUCAUAGCCUGCAACACCGACUCCUCCUUUUAUCUCUCUCCCCCAAAAUCCGCAACCCCUCCGAAGACCCCGACUCCUCUGCUUUAUCUCUCUCUUCCAAAACCCAAAUCCUCCAACAUCUCCAACUCUUAUCCCCAUGUUUGCCCCUAUUUCCUUCGUGAAAUCCCAAUCCAAAUCUCUCCUCCUCUCUUUCUCUUCGCUCGAACGUGGAACUCUCCUCUCUCUGUAGACUCCGACUCCGUACUCCUCUCCAAUGGCGGCGAGGAAACCCCAGCGAACCCCGGAGGAGAUCGAAGACAUCAUCCUUCGCAAGAUCUUCCUCGUUUCCCUCGCAAACCCCGUCGAAAAUGACCCUAAAGUCGUCUACUUGGAGCUCACCGCCGCCGAAAUCCUCAGCGAGGGCAAGCCCCUCAUGCUUUCGCGGGACUCCAUGGAGAGAGUCCUCAUCGAUCGCCUCUCCGGCGACUUCCCGGGUGCCGAGUCCACCUUCCCCUAUUUGAUCGGCUGCUAUCGCCGGGCCUAUGAGGAGGGGAGGAAAGUGGCCUCGAUGAAGGACCCAUCAGUCCGAUUGGAGAUUGAAUCCGCUGUUAGACAAGUUCGCAAAUUGGUCGUCUCCUAUUGCAGGAUUCACGUUGGGAAUCCUGAUAUGUUUGUGCCUACAGGUGGAGAUGGUGUUUCUGUGACUUCGCAGCUCCUGUCGUUGAUCUUCUCGGAGGUUUCGAGCCCGAUGGAUGGGUUCGGGGGAAACAGCUUGGGCGGGGAGUUGAGAUGCCCGCCGGGAUUUUUGGAGGAAUUCUUCAGGGAUGCGGAUGCGGAGAGCUUGGAGCCGAUUAUGUUGGAUUUGUUUGAGAAAUUGAGGCAGAGUGUCGAUCGGGUUUCAGCACUAGGAAACUUUCAGCAGCCAUUAAGAGCGCUGCUGUUGUUAGCGGGCUUUCCAAACUGCGCCAAGGCUUUGGUGAAUCACCCCAGGUGGAUCCCAAAAGAGACUUACUUGCUGACUGGGGAGGGUCGGGUGAUUGAGAUAGCGAGCAUUUUAGGAGCUUUUCUUCAUGUCAGCGCACUGCCCGACUACAAGGAGUUUAAGAGUAAACCAGAUGUUGGUCAGCAAUGCUUCUCUGAAGCAUCAACGCGCCGGCCAGCUGAUUUAUUAUCAUCUUACACAACAAUCAGGACAGUCAUGAAUAUUUUAUAUGAUGGCCUUGGAGAAGUUUUCCUUGCCCUACUGAAAAAUGUGGAUACACGGGACAAAGUUCUUGAAUAUCUUGCUGAAGUGAUUAAAAACUCAGCCAGGUCCCGCAUGCAGGUUGAUCCAAUAUUAUGUGCCAGUUCUGGAACGUUUGUUAAUCUUAGUGCUGUAAUGCUUCGGCUUUGUGAACCCUUUCUAGAUGCAGCCACAACAAAAAGGGACAAAAUUGUUGCAAACUAUUUAUUUUAUAACAAUCGUCUAGAUUUCAAACAAUUGACAGCAAUGCAUGCAUCAUCUGAAGAGGUUACAGCAUGGAUAGAUAAUGGAAAUUGGGAGAGGACUGAUGGGCAUGUCAAUAACUUUGGGGAAGAUAACCAUGUCUUAGAAUCCCAGGAAGCUACAAGUUCUGGUGGUAAUAGUGGGAAUUGUGCCCUUUCUAAAGCCAAGCCAUUGAUGGGUUGUUCAAGAAAGAAUAAAUUUUCAUUUAUAUGUGAAUGUUUCUUUAUGACUGCAAGAGUACUUAACUUGGGUCUUAUGAAAGCACUAUCAGACUUCAAACAUCUUGCUCAGGAGCUGGCAAGGUACGAAGAAGAUUUGUCAACCUAUAAAGCGUUGAGAGAUCAAGGAACUUCUCCACAACUUGAGGCCGAUAUAAAGCGUCUGGAGAAAGCAAUUGAGAUAUUAUCACAGGACAAAAUCUGCUAUGAAGCUCAGAUACUAAGAGACGGGGCACUACUUCAACACGCUCUAUCGUUCUACAGAUUAAUGGUUGUAUGGUUGGUUGGUCUAGUUGGUGGAUUUAAAAUGCCAUUGCCAUCAAAAUGCCCUAUGGAAUUCGCAUGCAUCCCAGAGCAUUUUGUUGAUGAUGCAAUGGAUUUACUUAUUUUAACUUCUCGGAUCCCAAGAGCUUUGGAAGGGUUUGUGCUGGAUGAUUUUUUGAAUUUUAUUAUCAUGUUCAUGGCAAGUCCAUCUUAUAUCAAAAAUCCUUAUCUGAGAGCCAAGAUGGUUGAAGUGUUGAAUUGCUGGAUGCCGCAAAGAAGUGGCUUGUCUUCUACUGCCUCCCUUUUCGAAGGGCACCAACUAUCUCUUGACUAUCUAGUUAGAAAUCUUCUAAACUUGUAUGUGGACAUUGAAUUUACUGGCUCUCAUACGCAGUUCUUUGACAAGUUCACGAUUCGUCACAAUAUUGCUGAACUUCUCGAAUAUCUAUGGAAUGUGCCUAGCCAUCGUAAUGCAUGGAGACAGAUUGCUAGAGAAGAGGAGAAGGGAGUUUAUUUGAAUUUUUUGAAUUUCCUUAUCAAUGAUAGCAUUUAUCUUCUUGAUGAGAGUUUGAAUAAGAUUCUUGAACUCAAAGAAAUGGAAGCAGAAAUGGCUAAUUCUGCAGAAUGGGAAAGAAGGCCAGCUCAAGAGAGGGAGGAGAGAAUGCGCCUUUUUCAUUCACGGGAAAAUAUUGUUCGAUUUGACAUGAAGUUGGCAAAUGAGGAUGUUGGGAUGCUUGCGUUCACAUCUGAACAAAUUCCUUCUCCUUUUCUUCUUCCAGAAAUGGUAGAAAGGGUGGCAAACAUGUUGAACUACUUCCUUUUACAACUUGCUGGCCCUCAACGAAAAUCUCUUAGUGUAAAAGAUCCAGAAAAAUAUGAGUUUAAACCAAAGCAAUUGCUAAAGCAAAUUGUCGAGAUCUAUGUCCAUAUUGCAAGGGGUGACAAGGAAAACAUCUUUCCUGCUGCAAUCUCAAAGGAUGGGCGCUCUUAUAAUGAAAAACUAUUUGCUUCCGUAGCUACUAUUUUGUGGAAAAUUGGUGAAGAUGGAAGGGUAAUUCAGGAGUUUGUUCAGCUUGGUGUCAAAGCCAAAGAAGCGGCUGCUGAAGCCAUGGAUACUGAGGCUGCCCUUGGAGAAAUACCUGAUGAAUUCCUUGACCCAAUUCAGUACACGUUGAUGAAGGACCCCGUCAUCUUACCCUCAUCAAGGGUAACCAUAGAUCGACCUGUCAUCCAAAGACACCUGCUUAGUGAUAAUACUGAUCCAUUUAACCGUUCUCAUCUUACUCAAGACAUGCUAAUACCCGACACUGAGCUCAAGUUAAGAAUUGAGAAGUUCGUCAGAUCCCAAGCGAGGAAGCACAGACAGCGAACUUCAAUCACUGAAGGAGCUGCUGAACAAGCUGAUGGCGUAACUUACAUGGAAGAGUGAUCCCAGAAGUAUCGAAAUUGGGUUUGCAUGUUGAAGCUAGUCAAAGAUGAACUGAAGUUUACUGAAGAUUUAGAUUUUACAUAUAAUAUAAUGAUGAUCUUAUUACCAUGAUGGAUGGCCUGAAAGACUGCAUUGCUGAACCUUAAGAUUCGUUUUACAGGGAGAGGGAGAUUAGUUUCAGGACAAAAAAUAGGAAAUAAUCUUCUUUCUUGAAUUGUACUUGAUUACUUUAUAUAUUGUCUAAGAUCAUUUUGGUGAUCAUUUGUUCCAUCAUUUGUCUAUUCUAAAUGCUUAUGUAAAUAGAAAUCCUUACCUAAAUGUUACUUAGUCUGCAAAACAUAUUUUGUAGCCUCACAAUUCAAUUCCCACCAGAAAUUGAAGGGACGUUUGUUUCUGGUCG